AUGGACGCCCGAGCCUCCUCGCGUCCGCAUCCUUCCUCCAGGCCCACGACCCCCCUCCGACCUAGCUCUCGGUCAUCUUUUCGCGAAGGUCAUGGAUAUGGAGGUAGUAUCGGCAAUGCAGGCUAUACCCAACCGGCCAUCAAUGCCCUGGAGCCCCAGUUUGCAGAACUUGCCGACUCCAUGGCCGACCUCGAGGCCAACUUCAUGCACCUGCAGUUAAUGCACGAGAGUCUGACGCGCUUCAGCGAAAGCUUCGCCAGUUUUCUGUACGGAAUGAACAUGAAUGCAUUUUGUGUCGAUUUUCCGGAGGCUCCGAUUCCCGAAUCGUUUAGAAGGGCGAAGCUAGCGGAAGCACAGAAAGAGUAUGAGACAGAACAAACCCGACCUUCAAUGGAUGACGAAGCAACGUACAUUCGCCAAAGUAAGAGCCUGAGCCUGAGAGGGCUGGCAGACCCUCCCGACUUUUAUCUUGCGGUACUCUUCGGGACCCGAUCCGACCGCAACGGAACACAACCUACUGGAACUUCACUUGUCCGUCGACGAUUCACUGACGCCGUCUGCUACUGGACACCUCCAAUUGACCCUGACCAGGAGGCUGACCACCCAGACGCACAAUGCUGCGUAGCUUCCGUGACGCUCCUUUCGGAGGCCGAGUUUGGCUGUGAGCACAUUGCCACUCAACUUGCGCAUGCGGGAAGCACUGCGAAUCAGUUCAAGAAUUCGUUUCUCAAGACUCACAAUGCAUUGGCUCCUCAUCCCAUUACGGCGGAGAUGAUUGGAAAGAACACUACGGGUCCGCGUGCCUAUAGUCUUCUGAGACCCAAAUACACGUGCUUGACUUGCUCCGAAGCCUGCACCCCAAGCAGUCGGAAUAAGCACACUGAGAAAACAGGACAUUCAUUUUUCAUGGAAUCAAGGAAUCGCGCGCUAUAUUGCCAGAGCUGUGAAGAUCUCAUCUACGAUCACAGCCUGGAGCGGCUGCGAUCGUCAUCAUCAGAGAACACAAUCAAAGUUGCUCAAAAACGUCGGUUCAGCGAGAGCUCGGCCGAUGAGCUGUAUGUCAGAAGCAACGCCAACAGACGCCUUUGCGCGAAAGCUGGCGCCAGGGGAUUGUAUAACCUGGGCCAAACUUGUUACAUGAAUGUCAUUCUUCAGACUCUGCUUCACGACCCAAUCCUGACCACUUAUUUCCUGGGCAAUGGCCAUCCACACCAUCAUGAUUGCCAAAUACCCGAUUGCAUAGGCUGUGCGGUUGCAGAAGCAUUUGCCGAUUUCAACAGUACCGAGAAAGUGGACGGAUUCGCGGCCCUGAACCUUCUCGUGGCAACAUGGCGGGGAAGCGCGGCUCUCGCAGGAUAUCAUCAGCAAGAUGCACACGAAUAUUACCAGUUUCUGGUUGAUAAGCUGCACGCAACCACCGAUGGACAUCUGGAGAGCCAUGAGAAAGGCUGUCCCUGCUUCUUCCACAAGACGUUUUACGGCAAGCUUCGCAGCAGCGUGACUUGCGACAAAUGCGGCAAUGUCACGCGAACUGAAGAUCCCAUGGUGGAUCUGAGUCUGGAUGUUCAGGUGCAGGCAAAGAAGCGCGCCAUGGGCGGCUCUGGGCCCUCCUCCCCACCUACACUGACCGGAUGCCUUGAUAGCUUCACUUCCCCUGAGAAACUCAUGGCAGGUGUUUACAACUGCACCUCAUGCGGGGACACCCCUCAAAAGGCGACGAAGCAGCUGCGCAUCAAGAAAUUGCCGGCGAUUCUGUGCAUGCAGUUGAAGCGCUAUGAACAUACUUUUUCGGUUUCGGAGAAGCUCGAGGGCAGAAUUGAUUUCCCACUGUCCAUCAAUAUGCUCCCAUACACAACCAACCCACACCCUCUGACUGACAGAUCGCGAUACGUGUAUGACUUGUCGUCCGCGGUGGUUCAUAAGGGAAAACUUGACGCUGGUCAUUAUUAUGCCUAUUGUCGUCAAGGUGAUCGGUGGAUGCUCUUCAACGAUGACCAGGUCACUCCAGCGACUGAGGCCGACGUCCUUAACGCCGACGCCUAUCUUCUAUUUUACAAUAUUCGAUCCUUGGCGAGCGCUCCAAAGUAG